AUGGAAGGGACUUCUCAAGCCCAAGGCUCACCACCCUCGGAGCAACUUGUUGCAUUUAAUCCCAUGGGAUUGGAGGCUGUUGUGCAUCGUGGAAAUGGAGACUCUUUCUCUGGAUUGGGUACAGUCCGCUCCGCGGGCGACCCGUUUGCCGGUUGGCUCGAUGGAGUUGGUUCGGUACCUAAUGUUUCUGCAUCCCAGGUAGCUGUCUCAACUUCCACUUCUGGCUAUGCCACUCAGUCAUACAUUCCAAACCAACUCUUCCGGACUUGGGCUGACCCAGCUCAAAUCGCCACUUCUGGUUCUCAUACGUCCCUGGGGUGCUCUUCUGCGUCUGCUCAACUGUCUUCUACAAGCGCUGUUCCUGGUGGAAUGCGAUAUUCGCCUUCUCAUGUCCAAACUUCAGGAACCCAGGAGCAAUGGCAAUACUCUCCCUAUUCUCCAUCUCACGAUCGGACUCAUUUGAGAGCAUCUCAAUAUUCGAUCUCUCCGAUCCAGACGACCAUCUCCAACGCUCGGUACUCACCGUCCCAUGAAGAACUCAGCUAUGAAUACAGCCCGACCCCAGUCUUCGGUUCUCGUUUGUUAGCCACCACUGACGACGCACCUCAAACUGAUGCCUACCCUGCUACCAGCAACGGUUAUGCUCGCGCCAUUGCCCAAGUUCCCAUUGAUGCACUUUCGAUCACUAAGGAGGCUGCUUCUGACUCUGGCCAUAAUUCAGAGUUGCCAUCCAUCUCCCACAGAGCUAUUGAUCACAAUGGAAAGUGCCGCAGCUUUAUCGUGCACGGUGUUCCUCACGAUACACCCCACUGUUCCAUUUCUUUGAUGUUGCCUAUCCAUGAAUAUCCUUCCCUCGCAAAUGCUUACUUGAAGCAUAUUGAGCACAGGGGCAUGUUCUCGGUUACAUUUGCCGAUAUUCGGGAGGCCAUCGAGGCUAUGAACAAGAUCCGCCAAAGUCGUCCUGGAUGGCAGGUUACCCCUGCCACUGCUCAUGAGAUUUCCACUUUUACGGGAGCCACCAAACACUUCUCCAUUCCUCGGGAUGAUGAAUUCGUGGUCACUGCUUACGCCGAUCCAGUUGAAUGGACAAAUAUCGUGGAGCAUUUGAGCGUGGUUGUUGAGAGUGUUAUCACUUCCUUCGGGUCAACUCGUUCUCUUGAGGCUAUCGAAGAAGGGAUGUGCUGGCGCAAAUACCAUGUUGAAUACUACAACAUCCAUCAUGCAACUUACGCGUUCUCUUGUCUCGAUGGUUACAAGGUCGAAUCUCUUCAAUUCAAAGUCAACGAUGAUAGACAGGAGGAUAUUUACUUAUACCCCCGCCUUCACAUUCCUAACUAUGGCUCCCCCCAGAGCCCUGUGACUCCGCAUCGCCUCUCUUCCGUCUCCAAGAAGAACUGCAGUGGGGAAUAUGAUAAUGAAAGGAAGGUCGAAAUUUCUCCGACUUCGGAGGGAAGCCAGACAAGUCCAGAACAUGCAAUCAGCCUCGAGCGAAUCAGGCAAGGAUUGGAUGUUCGCAGCACUGUCAUGAUCCGCAACAUUCCCAAUAAGAUCACUUCUGACCAAUUGAAGGAUAUCCUGGAUGAAUCUAGCUAUGGGAAAUAUGAUUUUCUUUACCUACGCAUGGACUUCACCCAUGGCUGCAACGUUGGUUAUGCGUUCAUGAACUUCGGUGAUGCGAUUGAUAUUGUGAAUCUCGUUCAUGCUCGACAGGGCAAGACUUGGCCCGACUGUAUCUCAGAGAAGAAGGCUGAAAUUUCCUAUGCUACGCUCCAAGGAAAAGAAGCUCUUGUCAAUAAGUUCCGGAACAGCAAUGUCAUGACCCGUCCCGCCGAGGAACGACCACGCCUCUUCUACAUCAGCGGUCCGCGCGCAGGCACUGAAGCGAUCUUCCCCGGUCCCAAUGAUGCCAGCAAGUUGCGCCGUUCAGUUGCUAGCACAACCCAACAAGGUCUAUUUGCGCCUCGGAAUCGAACUGCCACUACUCCCCGUACCAACCGCACACGGGCUCAAUCCCAGUCUUUCUCCCAGACUCCUCGUUCCCGAGCCCCGGGCCGUACUCCGCGGCAUUCUGGUGGACGAUCAUUGCAGCAUGCCCCUGGCGAACUCUCUUUGAUGCGAGCGGAUGACCAUCGGGUCUUCCAGAAUAGAAACUAA